ACAAACGAUUAAUUAUUUUAUUGGCAGAAGAUGUAUGUGCUCAUUGAUACAUCCUGGGGUUCAGCAUUUAUGUACCAGAAACAACAUUUACACAAUGAUUUUACAGGUUAUAUUUAAUACACUCUCAUUACGAAGUGAGGAUCCACAGUCCUUAUUGUCUAACCUCGCCUGGACGCCAUGAACUGAUAAUGAACUUUGGUUUGAUCCAUUGAUAUGGGAACUGUCUCAUCCCUUUAAGUUCUGGGCGGAGCAUCAGUCGGCUCACUGGUCUGCAGUGGGAUUCUGUCGGCAUCACAAGCUAAAUAUGGAAUGUUUUCAACUCCAGGCCUUCAUUAAGUCAGGUACGGUAACGCUGGCAGGAUGCUGAUAGGUUAAGGGGAGGAUGAUACACCCGAUCUGACCCUCAGCGCCCCUCCUGACAGGAAAUGGCUCAGUCCAUGAGGAGGUCCACCACUCUGGGCACCAUGGACCCCAAGGUCCAGAGGGACACAGCCAGGACCGGCUACUUUGGAAAUGUCAAAAACAGGCUGGGAUCCAAGCUGGCGGCCAGCGCCUCACAGGAGCUCAGUAAGAGUCCUCUGGGGGCGGGGCCUGGGGCCGGAUGUGGUCCUCGGGGGGCGGGGCCUGGGGCCAAAUGUGGUCCUCUGGGGCCAGAGCCUGAGGCCCCUGAGGCCAGAUGUGGGGCCACGGAGGCCCGGCCCGGAGGCGGACGUCCCUUCCAUGCGGAGGCCAGCGGGGCCGUCCACCACAUCAGGAACCCUAAGCUGAGGCAGUACUACCUGCAAGGCUCCUCGUCAGAGUGUCAGCCAGCACGGCAGGAAGGACCCGGCUGCAAGACCCCUCAUAACGACACAGUGUUCAGUAUCACCUCUCAGUCUGAUGUCCAGCCCGCACCACCUUCAACCACCUCUUCCUCCUCCACCCCUGCAGUUCUCCCCCAGAUGGGGAGGCAGGCCGCCGCCGUGCCAUCCCCGGCAGAGCUGAGGUGGUCCGGCGCUGACCAGGGGACGACGCCCGGGCCGGAGGGGACCCCCCCCGGGGGCGGCCCCUCGCCCUCGCCGGACGCAGAGUAUGACAAACUCCUGGAUGUGGAGGCGGUACCCAUGCCUGACGGAAAGCUGUGCCUACUCACUCUCCCGCCGGAGUGCUGCCAGGGGGAGGGGCCUGAGGCCGUCCCAUACCUCAAACUGUUUUGCCGUUACAUCACCGACUGCAAGGGCGUGGUCUCUGGCAUCCUGCUGGUGACGUCCACCAAGCUGUUCUUCGACCCGUGCAAGGCCCACCCCCUGGUGGUGGAGCACGGCUGGGAGGAGUACCUCCUCUCCGUCUCCCUGGAGCGCCUGGCCUCCGUCAGCCUCUACUCGGACAUCAGCCACGUCCGCUUCAGCCAAUCCCAGCACAGGUGGAGGGGUAAGAAGAGCUCCCUGAGGACUCCUCCGCCGGGGGUCUGUGACUCCCUGACCAGCAGCACCACCACCAAGCAGGAGGUGGAGGCUCCGGCCCUGGCCUCCUCGGGCCCCUCGGGCCCCUCUAGUCGGCCCUCUGGGGAGGACGGCGGCUCCGCAGACACGUCCGAGGCAGGGAAACCCCCGCAGAGCGGCGGCCCCCCGGGGACGCACUCAGAGGGGGGCGCCCGGGACUCUGCUGGAGCGAGCGACCCCGAGCCGAAGAAGGAGGAGGAGUCUGGCUGGAGGAGGCUCCUGGCAGCUCCCGGGAGCAGAGCGCCAGGCGGCCCCGGGGCCCUGAUGUUUGUGCGGCUGCGGACCCUGGAGAAGGAGAAGACCCCCGCUGGGCCCCAGAGGGCCGGCGGGCCCCAGCCGGGAGGAGACGCAUGGCUGGCCCUGUCCCAAGAGAGUUCAGAGCAGCUAUUCUCCUACCUGAGCCGCUGGCGUCCGGAGACGAGGCUCCUGGAGGGAGAGGAAGAGGAGCGAGACGGGGACGCCUGCGAGGAAGAGUUUGUGCUGAUCGAGGACGAUGAGGAAGAGCACCGGGUGGCCAAGAGUGACCGGCACGCUGGGGAGGACUGGGAGAUGUUGUCUAUAGAGAACGGCGGGAGCCAGCCAGCACUGCUCAGAGAUCCUGAGGACCAGCAAACGCUGCCCAGAGACCCUGAGGGACUCGCUGACAUUUUGGAAGCAAGCUGCAUUUUGGAAGCCUCACAUGUCACAGAGCUGUGCACAGAGUUGCCUCCCAGAACCAUUGGUCAUGCCUGGCAGCUCACCUACAGCACCUCGUGCCACGGCUUCAGCCUCAAGUCUCUCUAUCGGAGGCUGAGGGCCUCCGACUCGCCUGCGCUCAUCGUCAUCAAGGACGCUCUCGAUCAGGUGUUUGGAAGCUUUCUCUCUCACCCACUGAGGCCCAGUGACACCUUCUACGGCACGGGAGAGACCUUCCUCUUCAUGCUCCACCCUCGCUUCAAGUGCUUCAGGUGGACUGGAGAGAACACCUUCUUCAUCAAGGGAAACCUGGAUUCAUUUGCCAUCGGCGGGGGCAGCGGCCACUUCGGCCUGUGGCUGGACGAGACGCUGUAUCGCGGCCGCAGCCAACCCUGCUACACCUUCAACAACUGCUGCCUCUCUGAGGAGGACGACUUCCACGUCAUUGCCAUGGAGGUGUGGACCUUCAACUGAGGGGACACACACAGACACACAGAAAGUGCAGGUUCCACAUUUUUCAACCACACGUCUGAGAGUAUGCGCAUGCUCAACGCUGGGUGUUCUGUAAUGCUACUCUACGACCUUUCUGAGACUGAGUUGUUACAGAAGUCCUUUCUGUGGUUUGGAUGCCGAGCCAUGUGUUACUCUUCACUAAAUGGACACUAAAGUAGGAUUAACUUACAUACUGGAUAAGCCUGUCUUUUGACAAAGAGGUUAUGUAAAUAUAAUACCCAUCUCUUAAUUGGUACUGUAUAUUCCUAUGAUCGCAUAAGUGAAUGAUUUACUUUAUUUGGAAAAAUGAAGCUCUACAAAUGCAUAUGCGCAUGUACCGCCUGCUCCAUAACAUCUCAUACCCUCCAUUCAAAAUGGAGGGCAAAACAUCGAUACGAUUACGAAGACUACAAUAUCUUCUAUGACAGAACAACUUGAGUAUGGACGGGUCAAUGGACCUACAGAACCAACCGGAACUAGAGUUCCUCUUCCCGUCUUAGGGGCGGGACUCGGUGAAGACGGACAGAUGCCACCAUCUUGGAUUCAUCCUCUGGUCGAACAAAAACUGAACAUUUAAUACUUUUAUGCAAAAUGCUUUAGAGAUUGUCAUGUGGCUUAGUGGUUGAUGUUGCCCACAAAAACACAUUUAUUGUAAAACAAAGGUUUAUUUAGUGUUUAGAGACAAUGUCACUGAAAAACGUAGAACUAUUCAUGUUUGCACCUUUUAUUGUACAGGGUUAACCUACCCACAGGGUUACGUAAGGGUUAGCCCAAGCCCUUAAGGGCUAUGGUUAACCCUAACCCAAGGGUUAUCCUUAACCCCUAAGGGUUACCCCCAACCACAGGGUCCACAGUUGUUAUUGGUGGUUCAAGGCCGCGACAGGAGCACAGUGUCAAUCACAUGAAUCGAUUUCCAAGAGAUGACGAGGAGGAAAAGAGACUUACGAGGAGGAAAAGCCAGUUAUAGUGCAGAGUGUACCGCUUUAUAAAAACAUGGUAUCAUAAAAUAUGGACAAUUAAAAAAUAACAGAACAAAUUUGACAUAUUACAAGAUUGUCUUUGGUGGUCACAUGUCACAGCAAUGAAAAGUCUGCAGUCAACGUUUGGAUGUACACGAGAACUUGAGGACAAGUGAGAGCGCCUUGCAGCUGAACCGUGAAGACAUUCCCUGGUGGGCUUCAGCAGAGACAUCAGGCCUCAUCCGGCCAAAGCUUUCAGACGAGGCCUUCAUAAACUACUGAGACCAACAACAGGAAAGGACUUCUUAUGAAAUGUAUAUAUAAUUAUAUAACAAGUUCGCCUAUUAUUAAAUGUUAUACACACAGCUGCAAUAUCAAAUGAUGGUGCAAUUGUUUUUUUUGGCAGAAAAUCUAAUGGCAAUCUGAAUGUUACAAUAAACAGAUUCAGGCAAAUA